AUACACUUACAAUAUCAUCGCAAUGGCCAAGUUCCAAAUUCUGUUAGUGAUCGCCUGCGCCUGCCUAGUGGCAAUCAGUGAGGCACAGGUGCAACGUCAGCGCUUCUCAAACCAGCGUCUCAGCCGUGGACGUUCGCGUUCCUUUGCGCGCCAGGAGUUGGCGCCAGCAGCCGAUGCAGAUGCCGCCGUCACGCCAUAUCCAUCAGCCGAUGAACUGAAACCGGAGGUGCCUUUCGAUGAGGUAGCCGCACCAGCUGCCGCAGAUCCAACGCCCGAUGCCGUCUAUGGGCCACCAGAUGCGGCACCAGCGGCCAACAAUGUGCCCGACGAGGUCUACGGUCCGCCCGAUGUUGUCAGCAAUGAUUUGCCCGCCGCUGCCGAUGUGCCCGCCGAGCAGGCGCGUCUGGUGGCUGCCAGGCGAGCAGCGAACCUUCGUCGCGCCCAACCCAUCCGUCGUUUGGGUCCCGCCAAGCUGAGCGCUGUUCGUCGGGUUGUGAGACGCCUCUAAAUGCCUUACCAGAUGCAAACAGGUACAUUCCCUUUACCCAUGACGAUCGAAUGACGAAACAAUGUUCCAUGAUGACGGCAUGUCUACUACUAUAUAUAUAUAUACAGAGACACACCCAAUACACACACGCACACACACACAGAAGCACACACACCAUUUAUAGCAUAAAAUGAACUUUGGAUUAUAAGCAAUUGCAAAAUAAAAUGUUUG